AUGGCCGUCCCACCAGCAUACCACGAAUCCCUCCCAUACAUCGACCCCGAACCCUCCUCCGAAGCCCUCUCCGCUGCCCGCGCCCUCAUCGCCGCCGAACAAUCCACAUUCUCCCCUCCACCCCCUUCAUCCUCAUCCCCCCAAGAACCAAACUUCUCGCCCGCCAUCGCCGCCGAACUCGCCCGCAUCGCAUCCUCAGCACCCUCCCAACCCCUUGACCUCUCCCGCUACGAAGCCCAAGAACUCCCUCCCCCUCCAACAAAAAAAUCAACGCGCUCCAAAAAGUCCUCUGCAGCAGCAUCAGCAGUAGAAGCAUCACGACAACCCCUCUCAAACGCCUUCAUCUCCUCAUCCUACCUCUCCUCCCGCGCCCAAAACCUCUCCCUCCUCGACUCCCACGGCCGCAACGCAUGGCUCCUAUCAAACUACCACCUUGAAGCCGAACUGCGCAGCCUCGAGCGCGACCUCGCCGCCACCAAACGCGACAUGGACCUCCUCAACGCAGCACGCGCGUCCCGCCAGAACGAGGUGAAAGGCGAGAUGCAAGGGCUGGAGCAGAACUGGCGCGAGGGCGUCGGCAGGGUUCUCGAGACGGAAAUCGCGGUCCAGGAACUCAGGGAGCAGAUACGACAGGAGCUGAGGAGCAGGGCUGCCGCUGCUGAGCAUGCUGCUGCCUAA